AUGGACACCACUUCGCAACGAGGUGCCAGUACUUCUGUCGGCACAUCGCAGGAAGAGCGGGACCGCAAUGUCUUGCGUCUCGCUCCUGAGAAGAAGGCAUGGAUGCCUCCCAAAUCAGUCAUGGAUCACUUGUCGACGACGACGAGUGAUCGUUAUCGAACACGGUUGUUCGAUUCGUCAAGGAUCCAUCACCUUGACCCCAGCGCGAAAAACUAUCGCGCUGAGAAUGAAUUCUUCAUCGAUGCUUUCUUUAGACAUCGAUGGUACAGUGGGAAUCAAAAGCGUGAUGGUCCCUCACUGCUUCAAGCGUGGAGCGCCUACAUCCAUAACCUUGAGGAUGUAGGUCGUGACGUUUGGAACGACAAACUUAUCAAAGCUCGUGAUAAGUUUGAAAAGCGAACCCCGACAGGUGCACGCUACAAGCUGCAUCGUCUGUCAAGGGAGAAAGGAUUACCCUGCCUCAGUUGGGGAGACUCGUGCCCAUGUUGUGUGAACAACUCUGCACGAGCACCUAAGGAGGCUUACCUCCCUAAUAGCCCGUGGUGGCGCGUACGUAUCUCUAGUGAGAUGUACGAAGGUAUUGACAACCUGAAAUCCCUUUACGACCGUGCCGGGAAGACUUUCUCCAGCGGUCCUUCUGCGGCACAGGAUGUGCCGCGUCGUACUGCUCAACCAGACCCAGUACGUCAACCAUCAGUUGGGAGCGGGGCUCCCAAGUAUCCAGGACGGGGGAUAGCCGCGCCACCGGACGAGAUUUAUAACUCGUCCGACUUCCGUUCACGUCGCGGUGGUUCAACAGCUGCUCAACUAGAUAGCGCUGGCCACCGCGAGAGUCCUCUAAUGGAGGUGGAGGAGGAGGGAAGACGCUCUCCACACGAUCAUGGGGAUCCGUGUGUUUCCGAGAGCUUCUUUGAUCGCGUAACGCAAGGGUUACGCGGCGAUCUCGAACAUGAGCGGGACAUGCGUCUCCAACUGGCGGACGCUGUCUCGAAGCAUCGAGCUGAGUUUGCCUUUGCUCAGCUUCAUAACGAGAGAGCUCUGACAUCUCUUCGUGACGAGCUAAGGGUAGCUCGUGGGGAUGUUGAGCGGUCUCGGGCUGAGAUAACUGCUCUUCAGACCCUUGUUGAUGCCCAUCAUCGGGAGCACAAGGCUCUCUGCGAGAUGCUUGAUUGCAAGGGCGUUCUUCAUCGGAAGAAGCAGCAUACUGAUGGUACGGCUUAA